AUGGGGCAGGGCGAUACUGUCACUGAUAAACGCCAAAUCGCGAUAGGACCACAAUCAGACGUGGGCUCAAACAAGACGGCGACGAUACAUAUCCUCCAGCAUCAACCCACUGGCCGUCCAAUCGAGGACAGAUACUCGAUCGAUAUCCGAGUAGGUGAAACAGAUGGGCUAGAAGCUGGACAGACUACACUUCUGCUCGGUGUUUACGACGGCCAUCGUGGGUCUGCCGCGGCCGCCUACGUAGCACAGGCCUUGCCAUCAGAGGUGUUGACAACCGCUGCUCAUCUCAGUGGCGCCGCUGAUGGUCAGACAAAGCCGAUUCAAAACGCCUUUGAGAGGUUUGAUCAACAAAUGUCAUCGUCGUUUCAAGAUGCGCAUUCUAUUCCAACGAAACCUGCAGCCCAUACUCCUAGGCGAAUCCUUAGCUCCAUCACAACGAAAUUUUCCAAGGCAAAGAGACAAAAUAAAGACGAGUCGGGCGAUGCAGGAAGUAAGAUCACGGCGGAAGGUACAACCGCUGCACUGAGAGUCUUGAGUGGCUGUACAGCCUCCAUGCUCAUGAUCAAGGUGCCACACGAUCGUCAAGGAACGCCAUCCGCCGACAUCAUAAACCUCGGAGACUCGCGAGUGGUUGUGGCAUCUUUGAGCCCUGAACCGACUAUCCAAGCCACAAGCAUCGACCUCAACUCGGCAGUCAAAGACGAGCAAUCGCUCAUCAUAUCCCAACAUCCUGGCGAUGAUCCAACGGACAUCUUUGUGGGUGGGCGGCUAUUUGGGGAGACCCUGUCGACUCGGGCAUUCGGAGACGGCAUAUACAAGUUGCCUCUCCGAGCCGCCCGCAGUAUGGCCGCCCAGAAUGCAGCAGGAGAAUCGCCAAAAUACUCUGAGUUGACGCGCGAGGAGCGGAGUCAGCAUAGAGAUUUGAUACACCAGUUGAGUGCUCAUCAGCAAGCAGCCGCAGCUUCCAAGGGGAGAGUCAAGAUUAUCCCACUUAUCGAUCGCUUCGACACACUUUUUUGGGCAUACAAAAGCCCUCCAUACGUUUCAUCAACGCCACAAGUGACCAAAGUUCCGUUGGAUGUUGGUAUUUCAAGUCACGAUGAUGUAACGAACGCACAGGGUUCGCGUCCGAUGGUCGGCAUAGUCGCAACUGACGGAUUAUGGGAUUUGGUGUCCUCUGAAGAAGCAGUUGAGAUAAUGAGCCAAGCUUUGAGUCACAGUGCAUCUCCUGCGCUGAUUGAUGGUUUGAACAUGGCACAAAUACUGUUCGGCGGAGUUAUUGAGCGCACAGGAAGAAGGCCGGGGGACGAUGUCACGAUUCUAGUGCUAACCCUCACAUUAUAA